CAGAGAGAAAGUUGUAAGUUCUAAACAUAUUGAAAGUUAUGUUAGAUUGCUUUUACCAGCUGUGACACUCAGUGCAGUCAGUUUACCUGAGCCGAAAAGUUGCGUGCGCACCACAGGUAAAUUUCAUUCACCGCCACGUUCCGCGCUGUUGGCCAAUGAGCAUUCGAAGUUGACGAAAGACGAGUAAAGGAUCCAUGCCGUUGAGAGUUGGAGCAAAACAUUCGUCAACUCGCUCAGGUGAAUCACACGGAUAAAUAGUUUUACCGGGGCCCAAGUGAAUAAUUUAGUUAUGGCCGUUUCUUAUUUGGUGGCCCUGUUUUGUGCCUCAGCGGGGAAAAAUGGCGAAGAACUUGGAUCGGAUGAGGAGCAAGUUAUACUUUUUGUGUACCUGUUAUACGAUGUGACUAAUAAUAAGGUAGUCGCAUUGCAACAACAUUAUGUUAAACCACAGCCAAAUGAACUUUCGGAGACUGUUCUAACAGAAGAAUGCAAAACAGAAACUGGUUUAGAUGAGAAUAUGAUCAAGAAUGGACAGCCUCUAGAUCAUGUUUUAGAAGAGUUCGAUCGGUUUCUGUACUCUAAGGGAGUCCAUCCAGACCACGGUGGAAAGUCGUUUUGUUUCGUUAGUGACGGACCCAAUCAUAUACGUCAGUGCUUCCACCCAGAAACGUGCAAUAAAAACAUUAACCUGCCAGCCUAUUUUAACAAAUAUUAUGACUUGAGAAAAGAAUUUAAGAAAUACUACAAAACAGACGUUAUAAAGAAUAUCAAAGCUAUGCUUGACUAUCUAGGUUUAGAAGGGGACCAGUCAGUUGAAUAUGGUGUACGACAGUGUCAAGAAAUGGCCAGUAUAGUUCAUCGCUUAAUCAAUGAUGGUCAUGUAUUUGGUGAAUCAGAUAUUGUUAGUGAGCGAUUGGAACCUGGUAUAUGCAGUAAAAAUGAAUUUGUUGAUGAUAAUUCAGUUGUACGAGCACGUGGGUUACCAUGGCAGUCUUCAGAUCAAGAUAUAGCUAGAUUUUUUAAAGGUCUUAAUAUUUCAAAAGGAGGAGUAGCCCUCUGUCUCAGUCCACAGGGUAGACGAAAUGGCGAGGCUUUAGUCAGAUUUGAAUCGGAAGAACACAGAGAUUUAGCCAUUAGAAGACAUAAACAUCACAUAGGACAACGUUACAUAGAAGUAUAUAAAGCAACAGGAAAAGAUUUUAUUAAUGUGGCAGGGGGUAGUAAUACAGAAGCUCAAGCAUUUUUAUCACGUGGUGGACAAGUUAUUAUACGUAUGAGAGGUUUACCGUUCACAGCGACAACACAGCAAGUGCUGGACUUCUUUUCAAGAGAUCCCAACCAGUGUAUAGUGCUUGAUGGUGAAGAUGGUAUUCUGUUCGUCCACUAUCCAGAUGGACGAUCUACGGGUGAUGCCUUCGUAUUGUUUGCAUCGGAAGAGGAAGCUAAUAAAGCCUUAAAGAAACAUCGAGAUAUCAUGGGUACACGAUACAUUGAACUUUUUAAAAGUACAACAGCAGAGGUGCAACAGGUGCUAAAUAGAAGUAUGGAUCCCAGGAAUCCGGAACAGCCUGCCGACAGUCAACUUUCACCUCUUAUAGCACAAAUACCACAACAAACGGCUCUACCCAUGCUUCCUCAGAACUUCAUUACGAGUGGUACACGAAGAGACUGUGUCAGAUUACGAAAUUUACCGACAGGUGCUCAAGUGACCGAUAUCCUCACAUUUUUGGGAGAAUACUCACAAUUUAUAGUAUAUCAAGGUGUACAUAUGGUGUAUACCUCCCAGGGUGAAGCGAGUGGAGAAGCUUUUAUACAAAUGGAGUCGGAAGAAGCCGCAGUUCUAACAUCUAUAAACAGACAUCGUCGUCAGAUGAUCUUUGCUAAUAAGAAACGUAUCAUUGACGUCAUCCCAUGCUCAGGAGAUGAUAUGAGUUUAGUGCUAACAAAUGGCAUGCCCAUGACGGCAGCUUUACCGCCAGCAGUGGCACCAAUGAUCCAGCGACAAUUAAUUCCUACGGCUGUUUCACCUCCGACCAUGAUUCCUACAUCAUCGAUAGCUUCCUUACCAUAUCAGAUGCCUCAACCAGCGCCCAUGCAAGCCUUCCAGCAUCAUCCAGCCAUGACGCAUAUUCCAGCACAGAGGCCAGCCUACUUUCCUCCUAUAUUAUACUGGUACCCUAGUCCUCCUGUUUCUCCUCAGAAUUACUUGGCCCCAUCUGGGCCCUCGGUUAUUGUAAUGAGAGGUCUUCCUUUCAAUGCGAGUUGUCAGGAUGUUAUGAAUUAUUUCCAAGGGUUCCCAGAGGUAAACCCAGAAACCAUACAGCUUCAACGCAAUACAGAGGGAAAACCUAAUGGGGAUGCUUUGAUUACGUUUUCUUCACGUACUGAGGCGGAACGUGCAAUACUAGAAAAGAACAGGCGCAUGCUCGGUAAUCGCUUCAUAGAACUAUUCCUGGUUUCCUAACAACCGGCUUCCAUGACAACUGCUCAGUAACCCACAGAAACGUAUUUAUUAAGAUAUUUAGAUUAUUUAUAUUGAUAUUUUAAGAUAACGACAAGGGUACGACCAAAUUUAUUUAUAUAUAUUUUUCUGUGCUGUUUGUAGUGAAUGAUACAUAACCUAAGUAACAAAAUGUAAUCUAAUUCAUGUUGAUUUUUUUGUCUCAUUUUGGUUCCUCAUUUGAAUGGCCAUAGAUGGUGCAAUUAUAUAAUGUACACCAUAUAGAUGCUAUAUUUAUUACGUGUACAAAAUGGCAGGUACAAUAAGUUUGCUAACAAUACCACUAGUCAUUAUAAUUUCUACUUCACAUAUCUUUUUAUCAUAUCAUCCAUAUAAUAUUAUAGAUAAAUUCCAAUUUAAUUGUUUUUUGUAUUCAUUUACAAUAUAAAAAAGUGCUCUUAUUUUAAGCUUUAGCUUAAUUAGGUCUUCCAAACUCUAUAUGCAAAGCUUAAAAAGCGAAAAGAUCUUCCCCAAAACAUUCCAAUAUUCCACCUUUUAUAUAAAAAUAAUAUUUAUUUUUUGCAUACAUUCCCAAUAUAUUUGAUAUAAUUCAGAUGUAAAGAUAAUAUUUGUAGGUUUGUUAUAAUAUAGUAAAUAAAAUAGGUAUUGAUUAUUAUGAAAUACAAAACAAAAUCAAGUACAAUGUAGUAAAAUAAUUAUAACACAAGUGAUAAUAUUUAUUUAUUUAUAAAGUCAAAUUAAUUAUCCUGCAAAAGAUUUUUAAACAAAUUUAUGAAACUUUAAUGAAUAUGGUCUAUAAUUUGAGAAUUAAGUGGCCGAUAGCGUGUAUGAAAAAAUAAUAAAUUUGAUUUUUUUAAAAAAUAAAAUAUAGUGUAAACUAUAUAGCAUUCAUUUAGUAUAACCAAUAUUAUAUGUUCCGUUAAAGAUAAAAUAUAUAUUAUAUAUAACUUUAUUAAUAUUAUACCUUUUAAUGUAUGUGUUUUGUGUAUGCGUGUGAUUUUUUUUGUCUUUAAUGCUCAUUGUACAGUGUAUAUUGUUUUUGUUUUUUAAAAGAAAAGAUAUAACCAUUCUGUUAUUGAAUGCUAUAGCAAAUAUCAAGUAUGAAAUUUAUUGAUUAGCAAGUGAAAUUACAUUCCAGCCAGGAAUUUAAAAUGAUUUUAUCUAUUUUGUGUAAAAUAUGGAUUAUUGAUAAUAUAUAUUAUUUUCUUCAAAUUUCAAAAAUUAAUGUUUAUAGUAUAUUCAUUCUAAAUUAUAUAUUCUAGUCAAAUGAGUUAAUAUGCAUGUUGAACUAAGUAAAUUACUUAGAAAAGGAAAAGUGCAUUUCGAAUUUAUUUUAAAAAAAAGUGCCUUAAUGUAAUUGCACAAGUUCAGCAUUUGUAUGGCACCUAUUACCGCAAUCUCAUUUUUUUUUGUAUAUAUCGUAUAUAUGCAUAUGAAUAUAUUGGCGUUAAAACGUCACAUUGUUAUAGUUUUUAGUUAAUUUUUCUUCAAAAUUGUUUUAUUACCAAAAUAUUAUGUUGACGCGUUUUGUAAACCACUAUCUGGACAUCUAGAUAAACAUUUGUCUACCUGUAUAUAGAGAUAUAUAUAUUAUAUUACAUAUUUAUGUGCAAUACACGGAGCCGAGUCGUGCAAGAUGAAUCAUGGUUCACAAAAUAUGCACAUUUGUAGUUUUCAGUUUUAAUUUAAAGAUCUCAAGACGCGUUCUCUUCUUUCGAUCCAAUGCAAUUCAGUUUAUACAACCAUUUUAUCUUUAUUAUUACAUUUUACUAUACAAUUUUUGGAUUUUAUUUUUAAAUAUAACAAGAUAAAAAGUUUAAUAACAAAGAUUUUAUUAUUUUAAAAUUGCUGAAAUAAUUUGAUUAAAGAAACAUAUGAUAAUUAAUUAAUUAUUAAUUGAUUAGUUGCUUGAAACUGUGACCUUCGUCUUGCAUUCCACCCUCUUGAAAAGCGCAAUUAAAUGAUAUAUUUGUAUAUAGUGAAUAUUUGAUGAAUAUAUUUUAAUUGGGAGAACGCUUACUUGUUUCCCAACUUAUAUUAUUAAUUAAGUAGUUUGAAUUUUAUGACAAUUACCUGCAUGUGUACUGCUUAUGUAUUAUGAUAUUAUAUCUACAAGAAGUUUGAUCUGUUUUUAGAAAGAAAAAAAUAUAUAUACUAAUUAUAGAUGUUUAUACAUGUAUUAUGGAAAUGUAGUGUAGCUACGCAUAAUCUCGAAAAUAAACAUCUAAUUUCAAAACCCUGGUGGCGGUGCCUCUUUUUAUUUCAUCUCAUGGUGGUGGUUUCCGAUCUUUAUGAUUUCAGUAGCACUUUUUCAAGAGAUAUUUAAUUGAAGGCAUACUGAUUUCUUUCUAUUAAGAAAUUUAUUUUAACAUAUACCUGGCUCACUUUGUAAGCCUCGUUUUUAUUUCAUUCUUAUGAACAGGGUUAUUUCUCUUUGACAAUAUAAAGGACCGAUAUUUCGGUUGUCUAGGGUUUAAUAUCUUCAAUUGAAUGUCUCUUCUGUGUAAACAGAUUUUGGCUAUGAAUCCUGCUUAUUAGUUUUUCCAAAGUGUACAUAGUUCAAAACUUUUCGAAUUUCUUUUUGAAAUUGAACUAAGUUAAAUUUAUUUCAAGGUUCAUCUCUGGAUUUAAAUUUUAAUUUUUAUUUUGAUUUGUCUUAAAGCUUAAUCUUUUUGCUAAUCAUACCCAAGCUCUGUUUUUAAUCCGCGGUGUCGAUUUUGAUCCCUCUGAAGCUGCUUCCGUUUAUUGUUAACUGAAUUCAUACGCAAAUCAUCUUUUGCUAUGAAUUCUUAGUCUCUGCUGAAUUGUCUGAAAAUUCUGGUGGAAGUUCCCCUUUUCACUAAAUUAACUAACCACCAGCUAAAUCCAUUUUCUUCUUGGUUGUAGCCUAGCCCAUUCAAUCAAACACUAGUCUUCUUCUUUUUUGAAAAAGAAAAAAAUAAUCCUGGAAUAUUCCAGCAUACCGGUUUGUUAUGAUGACAAGUCACUUUCACUCGUUAAUCUGUUCUCGUCUGCCUGAAACUCAUUUGUACGAAACAGUAUAUCCACAUCCGGUUCGUAAGUUUUACACGUAUUAGAAAUAAUUUUAAAUUAAAUUUUGAAUAUGGUGUUCUUUAAGAUAAAUUUAAUCCAAAUGGAUUUAUCAAAUUUUGAUGAAAAGCUACCAAUUAAUGCCAAACAUGCUUUACGACAACUGAUGCAAAAUAAAAAAAUAAAUUAGGGCACAUGUACGGAAGCGUAUAGGGGUCAUGCAAAAUUUUGUAGAAGACCUCGAGAUCCUGGCGAUACCGUGAUACUUUCUCGAAAUCUCAAUUUAAUGUUCUAGAAAUCUCCUAAUAAUUUUCUCGAGAAUCUCUCAUCCUGUGUUAACGAUCUCGAGAAUUCGAGUUAAUGUUAUCGGGAUCUUGCCAUCCUGUGUAAAUUUUCUCGAGAUCUCGGGUAUUUUAAUGUGCGCGUAUUUUUAAUGUAUUCUCAGCGCCCCGCAACCUGUCGUUUCGGAGUUACCCCCACCCUACCUUUUUCCGAAAACCUUGUUAACGCAAUAGAGGCUACAAUUUCUAACUGAUUUUGUUUUUCAAAUGUGGUGUGAAGCACUAGGACCUUUCGAUUUUCAGUACUCCACAAACUUCUGUUCCAGAGUUAUCCUCGUUGUCCGUAUUUUUUUUUUUUUCAAAUAUGGGAAGAUGAGAGGACGAACCCUAUCGAUAUUCAGCAUUCUGUGGCCCACUAUUCCUCAAUAUACCCCACUCCUUGAAAAAGCCUUGUUAACGUCAUAGAGGCCUCACUUUUAAAUUUUGUGUGAAGAAUUGGGGUCAUGAACUUUAUUUAUUUUCGGCGUUCCGCGGGAUUUAUCCUUGUGAACGGAUAGAAUCUAGAUUUUUGGAAGGAUAAAUUUUUAAUUGUUGCCACUAGAGAAUAAACCUGACAUUCUGUUAUGGCGUUAUUCCUAUUUCCCAUAAACCUUGUGAACGCGAAGCAUUUGUGUCACAAGACAAUAAACUCUGUGUCUAGCUUUAUUCUACAAAAAAAUAUGGUCUGAAAACCAUGCAAAAAAAUUAUAUUUUCAAUAAAAUGUCGCUCACACAUUAAAAUGAAAGAAUUUAACAAACGUGUCUGUAAUUCAAAGCGUCACACAUUAAAAGCUAGCGUGGUAAGGUUUUGAUUUUCAAAAUUUGGCGAGGAGUAUUGGGCCCAUAAGACGAUGAACCCUAUCGAUUUUAAUCAUAUUUCAAAUUUAGUGUAAAUCAUGAGUACCAUAAGAAAAUGGAUGAACCCUACCGAUUAUUCGUUUAUUGGUUAGCAGUUUUCCUUUGUAACAAAUGCUAGAGUUUUUUUGUUUUGUUUUUUUUUAUCAAAUUUGGUGCGAAGUAUUGGGCCAAUGGCUGCUUCACAUCGUGUAGACACUAUCAUAAGAUUUCAUAUUAACUCGGGAUCUUGAGAAAAUUUACCCAGGAUGUCAAUAUCUCGGGAAGAUUCUCGAGAUCGUUAAUUCAGGAUGGAACUAUCCCAGGAAAAUUAUCAGGCGAUUUCGAGAACAUUAAAUUGAGAUCUCGAGAAAAUUUCCAGGUGAUCACGGGAUUUCGAGAAAGUAUCACAAGAUAACUGGAUCUCGAGACCGUCUACAAAAUUUUGCAUGACCCCUAUACGCUUCCGUACACAUAUGCGAUCCAUUUUUGAGCAAUUUCGUGUUGGUGCGUAAGUUUGUGCUCGGACGAAAAAAAGGAAAAUUAUACUUUGAAGAUAAGAUACCCUUUACCGAUACUUUAUAUAAAGUUCCUGCUGUUUUUUUUAGAUAUUCAGUUAUGAUCUUAAAUUAAUUUAGAAGCGCCAAUACAAUUAGUAAGAGAGAAACGUCAUGACGACCUCAUUUUAUUCCACAAAAUUGUAUACGGAUCAGGAUUCCCUGUUGGGUCGAUAGGCAGUAUACUUAUGGGCCGUUUAUACCGAGCUCAAACAAGGUAACCGCAUUUGAUUGAUUAAAUUAGUACCGUUUGAAUAAAGUCGUUUAUACUGCGGGUCAUCGCUGGAUAAUUUUUAUUCGUGUGAAAAAACCGCGGAGUUUACCUCCAGGGCACUGUUUCUAGAAAUUUUAAGUACUAAAGAUAAAAUCCAAAUUUUAGUAGAUACUAGUACUUCAAUUUUGAUUGGCUAAGCGCUAAAAUCAAUCUAAUAUUAUCCAAUCAAUUUACUAAAAUUUGGAAUUUAUCUUAGUUAAGAUUUCGUGAAGUAGGUCCAGGGCUAAUUUUUGGAAACAGUUCGCGCGAUCGAUUUUCAUAAGCUAAUCAGAGUGUGUGAUCAAAUCUUCAAUGAGCCAGUUUUAUCUGCGAAAUUACGCUCGUAUCGCCGCUGUCAGUACGAAUGAUUCGCGCAGAAAGUCACAGUGGUCAGUGAUCGCGUUCGGGCUCAGUAUAAAUGACUCCUAACAGACUGUAGCUUGCGGUCAAUAAAACUGAAGUAUCAACAUAAAUGUUUCGCGAAAACUGCCCCAAUGCCACGUGUCAUCACAUGGUGCCGAAUGUUGUCUUAGAUUGCCCCUUAUUUCGUCACAUAUUCGACUCACAAAUUAAUCAACAUAUUUAAAAAAUACAUAUAUAUAUAGACACAUAACACAGCUUUAGAUCUAAAUUCUUUUUUAUGUUUUGUUUAAAAUAUAUAUAAGUCUGUCCUCUGAAGUCUACUAGUCUCAGUUUAUCAUUUUAUGUAGAACUUUACGGCAUGACGUUGUUAUCAUUAUUGUUGUUUUUUUUUUUUAAAAAACAAAAAAACAAAACCUUGAUAAUUGUUAUUUUUAUUAGUGAUUAUUUUCAUAUUAACAGUCGAAUAAUAAAUAUUGAAGUUACGAAGAUUCUGAUAAUUUCCAGAAAAUUAGAAAUUUUUAGAGUUCUGAGAUGCAAUUUAUAUUAUAUUUCUAUUUUUAUUAUGAGCCUGAUACUCUUAUCGACCGUUGCAAUACGACGCCUAGUCAAAGAGAACAUACAUGGUCGCUAAUCAGAGAGAUUGUUUUACUGUAUGAAUUUUAAGAAUUGUUAAUACCGCCAUCUUAAAUAUAGAAACACGCGAUACAAUGUGUAGCCAAUCCAGAUGACUCUUGCCAGGUGAAAACCUAAUCGGGAGAUAUUUAUUUUAUUUUAAAAUGCCAAGUAAUAUUUAUAUUUUUGGCCGUCUGUUAUAAUGUAUUUAGCAUGUAAGUAUUGUCAUUUAAUUUAUUCACGAAAUAAAUAUCUAUAUUAUAGCUGAA